GAGAACGAGAAGAAGAGAAGAAAGGACCCCAGUGUCGAGGGCAUAGAUAGGGUGGUAGGUAGUAACACCCGGCAGGCAACGGACGCCAGUAAGACCGAUAGGCUUGCCAAAUGUCCGAGCUGGAACCGGGAGGCUCGAGCCGUUAUGCUGUGA